CCCUUAAGCGAUUAGAUAUCAACAAACGUCGUCUGGUAACUUCAUCAUCAUCUUUGUACGUACCACCGCGGUAUCUUUAUGUACAAAGCAACAGAUACCAUACUUGUUAGCUGGUGCGCGCUUGUGUGACCAAAGCACACACAGAUCAGGCUGGACUACGAGUGUACACCAGUGUUCAUUCCCCCGACGUAAACUCAAGAGAGUGACAGGAUUGAUUAUUUUUCAAGAGGUUUUUGGCCUCAAAAUUAGAAAUGGCCGCAAAUGGAGGCGAUAAUGCUGACAAUGUGGCAAUGGUUCCUGUUGGACUAGAGGCUGUCUAUUCCGCCUGUAGGAAUCUCUAUCCUCAUCAGCCAAAUCCACUACAAGUCACCGCCGUUGUAAAGUUUUGGUUGGGAGGUCCAGACCCCCUGGACUACAUUAGUAUGUACUCCAAUCCAGGCCUGCCAGAGAGGGGAAUCCCACCACACUGGCAUUACAUCAGCUUUGGACUCUCUGAUCUCUACGGUGAUGGACGGGUUCAUGAAUUCACCGGUCCUGAGGCUCCCAGUGGCUUCGGCUUUGAACUUACCUUCCGACUCAAACGGGAACCGACGGAAACAGCGCCCCCAACCUGGCCUGCCCAACUCAUGCAGGGCCUCGCUAAAUAUGUCUUCCAAUCGGAUAACACUCUGUGUGCUGGGGACCACGUCUCGUGGCACAGUCCCCUAGAUAACAGUGAGUCCAGGGUGCAACACAUGCUGAUGUCUGAAGACGCCCAGCUCCAACCCAUCGCAACUCCGCUGGGAACAGUCAGCUUUGUUCAGGUAGUUGGUGUGUGUUCUGAGGAACUGCAAGCAGCUCAAAGGUGGAACGGUCCGUCUGUAUUGGAACUCUUAAAGACAACAACAGUUGCCGGUGGUGAAUGGCUGAUCACAGACAUGCGGCGAGGCGAGACGAUCUUUGAGCUCAACCCCCACCUUCAGGAUGAGGUGGACCGAGGCAUCGACAUGGACGGGUCCAACCUGAGCGGGGUCAGCGCCUGUUGCUCCUGGCAGGAACCCGAUGACGUGGAGGUCCCUGGGGAGGAGAAACCGUUGUCUCAGAGAAUCUCCCCGCAACAAUCAGAACAGAUCAAAGCAGCAUUGAAGAUGGGCCUUGCAAGCGAACGCCCGGCCCUACCACCCAUCGCCAACCCUCAACCCAGCAAACCCACAGCCAACCAGCCCUACCAUCAAUCCCAGCGGCAGUCUUCCCUAGACAGCGACAGUGACCCUCAGGGUAACCUGGUGGAGCUCGGGAACCCACGCUGCCUGGACAGGGUCCACAUCAGGCUGAAUCACGAAGCCGCUGCGCUGCUACCUUUGUCCAUGAAGGGUCGCUUAAAACACGGCCGGCACUUCACGUUCAAGAGCGUGGCGGGAGAUUGUGCAAUAACGCUGGUGUCUAAUGGCGUGGAGGGGGCCUUUGUAGAGGAUUCCCAUCCGUAUGCAGCCAGAGGGCAGUGGUUACAGGUGCUGUUCACUGAUGAUUUUAUCAACGUACUGGUAGACGAGCUUGAUGAAUUGGCCUCUUCAGAACAAAUUGAUCUUCCUAAACUGUACCAGUGGCCAGAGAAGGGCCUGUUCAUAACCAUCAUGCCCAACGACUGAGCCGUGAAGUGCCCUCAACGACAAUCCCACCACAACAAUUGCCUUAACAAGCCAACUCUGUCUGAUCGACGUGCAGACUCCCACAACAUGGAACCUAAGGAAGCGGCCGUAGAAUUGUGCGUAGCUGCACAUGGAUUUAAAAGUGCAGGUGAAUGAGAACCGUUACUCAGCGAAACUUUCCCCUUAAGUCUUAUUCAUCAGAAAAGGUUUUUAUACUCUACAUCUCAAAAUAUGACAUUUACCAGUCCAGCAUUACUAUAAUUGUGUGUUUUAUGUAUCCGUGAUUUUCAUCAAUUGUCCGAAAUGAUAUUCAUAGCUAAAAAACAUGAUACACAACAUUGAGGUGUUUUUGUUUUACAAACUCAUCACGGUAUUCAGCAUGUUGGUCUCCAGACCGAAAACACUGGGAGUUAAAAAAAAGAGUAAAACAUCUCAUCUGUUGUGUACUGUCCAUUUGCAAACUUUUUGAAGAACAAUAACUGGCAGCUAUCUCUAUUGUGUGGUGCUUAAAUUAUUUUGUAUACUGUAAAGAAAUUUUUUUGAAAUGUUAUGUAAAAAUGUUAGUUCUUUUUUAUGUGUGUACACAUAUUUGGAUGUUCAAUACUUACAUGUAGAUCAGUGUUUCACAUGUAAUACCGAGGGAUCAUCUAUAUAUUGAUAAACAUGUAUUGUGUCUUGAAUAUUGUAAGUGCAUUGCGAUGGUUCAAUUAAAGGCUUAUUCAUACGAAGUGCAAA